AUGAUUGAUUCCAGAGACAGGAUUUUGAUUCUCCACAUUCCAAUCUCAUUAAUCAUUUCAUUCACUACGUUAUCAAUUUAUUUGCUUUGCUACACAUUUAGCUACAUAACUACUAUUUUCACAGAUGAAGAGAAUGAGGUCCCCGAGCAGUCUGUGGGUCCUGAAAGUAACCCAGAUGCCUCAUACCCAGACACUGCACCUGCUGCAAGCUGUGAAAGUGAAAAAGGAGUCCAGGCAUCUGUUGAUGAAUCACCAGUGGACAACCUUUUGAAACGGAUAGAAGCAUUAGAGCAAGAACGUGACUUUCUUAGGCACACUCUUGCAUCCGUCUGUGGCAAAGAAAAGAAAAAGAAGAAGAAGAAGAAGGACACUAGUAGUGAGAGUGAUGAGUUAAACUCUUCGUCCUCUUCAUCAUCUUCCUCCCUCCCUUCAUCUUCAUUGGAAGAUGAAAGAUGUAGCAAAAAAAAAUCCAAAAAGAAGAGAACCCAAAAGAACAGGUCAAGAUCUGCAUUCUCUAGUUCUGCAGUGAGAGCCAAGUGUCCAGAUGAUGUUCUCAAGAGAUACAAAAAAGUUCUCCGUGCAUUUAAAAAGGAAGGAAGCAUGACAAGAGCAUUCAUAAAGGUUGGAGUGGACAGAAACACCCUUGCCCUCACUGCAGUUGUGGCUGAGAUUCAAAUCAUCAGCCCAGAAUUUUUUCGCUCCAUCCCUCAGUUCCAGCCUCAGCAAGAGAAGCUUUUUGAUUUUGCCCUGAGGUGCUCAGAGGCCUUGACAACUGAGAUGAAAGCCUCUAUUACCUCAGGAAAAAAGAGUGGAAAACUCCUGCCAAUUAAAUACAAGUUUCGCUAAAAAUAUUGUUCAUUUCUAGUUUAGUUUGAUUUUUUUUUUUUUGAUGAGG